UGUCUCUUUAGCGCUGCAGGUUGAAUGCAUUGCUCCUAUUUCCUGUCACAUGGCGUGGAAAUAGGAUCCCUGUUUUCUACUAUCUGCUCUCGUCUCCGCGAUGUCAGAGUUCUGCUGUAGUUGAAGUACCUGCCGCGUCUGUCAGACACUUUAUUUUGAAGCGACUGUUGCCCAGACUCCUGCCAACCAACCAACCAACCAGCGAGCCAGCGAGCCAAGCACCCGGCCGCCAGCGUGCGCAUCAGGCUGCACUUCACCUGAGAGGAAGAGCCACUUCAGACUUUUUACUCACACCAUGGAUUCCUGGAGGGCCACCUCUGCGCUUCUCCUGGCCGGCUUUAUUUCCUCGGCGGCUUUUCGACAUUUCGACAGCGAGUGUUAUACUGCCAACGGAGAGGACUACAGGGGCUUCCAGAACCAAACCAGCCUGCAUGGAGGCAAACCCUGCCUGUUCUGGAAUGAGACUUUCCAGCACCCUUACAACACCCUCAAAUAUCCCAAUGGAGAAGGAGGUCUGGGAAGCCACAACUACUGCAGGAAUCCUGACGGGGAUGUCCAGCCUUGGUGCUACAUCGCCGAUCACGAAGACGUGACGUACUGGAAAUACUGUGACAUCCCUACAUGCCAGAUGCCUGGGAAUUUGGGCUGCUUCAAAGACACCGGUCAUCCUCCGACCCUUCCCGGCACCCACGAGAUCUCCAACAAACUCACGAUUCAGACCUGCAUCAACUUCUGCCGGGGUCAGAAAUACACGCUUGCCGGCAUGGAGUCAGGGUACGCCUGCUUCUGUGGCAACGAGGCGGACCUGCAAGACCACGUCAAGUCGUCCAACAUGGAGUGUAACCACGUCUGCUUCGGUGAUCACACUCAGCCCUGCGGAGGAGACGGCUGGAUCAUCGUCUUUGACGUCCGAGUUGGCGCCUGCGGGGGGAACUACACGUCGCCGACCGGAGUGGUCUACUCCCCCGACUUCCCUGACAAAUACGCGGCCAGUCGCGUUUGCUACUGGACCAUCCAGGUCCCCGGUGCCUCCGCAAUCCUCUUCAACUUCACCUUCUUCGACAUCUCCGACCAGACCGACAUGGUGGAGCUUCUGGACGGCUACACCCGGGAGGUGGUUGCCCGCUUUGACUGGCGCAGCCCUCCCCGGGAGCUGGUGAACAUCACGGGGGACUUUGUCAUCCUGUACUUCUUCUCGGAUCGCACCAAUCAGGCCCACGGCUUUGCUCUUUUGUACCAAGCGCUCAGAAAGCAGGACCCCAGAGCCACGGCCCCCAGAGGCUCCGACGAGGAGGAGAGCGAAGACGCCUCCAGCACGCCGGGGCCGCAGCUGUCCAGCGGCGUCACCGAGAGAUCCAACAGCACCACCAACGGACGUAGCUCACACAUCCUCUACGUGAUCACGUCCAGCCCCGGCAAACCCGAGCACAGCAUGCCAGGUCAGUGGGCUGGACGCGGCGAGACCACCGGCCACAGCGCUAUGUGGACCAUCUACGCUCUGGCGGCGCUCCUCAUACUGACGGUCGUGGCCAUGGUGGCCAAGCUGCUGCUCCACGUCACGGUCAAGACCCCGAACAUCCCAACAGUCAGCGGCUCAGACAGCUGCAGCCAGAGCACGGUGUCCUCCGAGCCGUGGAUCAUCCUGUACCGACCGUCCACCAUCUCCCUCUUCAAGAAGAAGCUAAAGAACCACCAUGGGGACCUCAGCCCUCUGGUGGGCCACUAGUGCUGCUGCUGCUGCUGCUUCAUCGCCAUCCACAAUUACUCCGUCAGACGACACGGCCGUCAGACCGGGGGAAUUCAACGAGGCGCUUCACUAAUAAGCAAAGACUGAGUGACUAAUGACAACUGACUCAGUGGCUGCAGCCAAACGGCCUUUUGCCCCCCCCCCAAAAAAAAAAAAAAGUCAAGGCACUCUCAUUCCUCUCAGCGCCAAAGAAAGAGGGUCACGCAGGGGUAUGAGGGGCGACAGUGACAGAGAGGAGAGCCAAAAGACUGGAUGGAGGAAGAUCUGAGAGACACACAAGGACGCUUUUAACAUGCAGGAGGCCAUUUUCAUCCAUCGCAGCCGUCCUCAGCAAUCAGCAUACCUCUAAAAAUCCCUCCAGACUGCAGCCUCGUCAGUGAAAACUCGCAGGCCCCGCGGCGCAGCGCGACGGCGGACAACUUAAACGCACGCAGUCGAAGCUUUACAGUUUCACAUAAACUCCUAACUGCCUCAUACAGACGAACAUUUGCCAAAAUCCUUUCCCUCCAAAGAGCUGUACAUCUUUGUCUUCUUUUUUUGUUUUUAUUCUGUUGCAAAUGCUAAUCUUGAGUUUCUUUCUUAUUCUCUUUGAUGUGUUUUACAUGAUAACUUGCAUUUUUUUUUGUUUUUUUUUUUUUUUAAAGGAGAGGGAACCAAUAGUACACUGAGGUUUCACAACACUUUUGGUGCAAAAUUCAAAGGCCAGAGUGAAGCAGAGCUCCCAUCUUCUGCUCAAACGUCGGGGUGGAGAGAAGAAGCAUCCUCGCUCGCGUCAGUGGAAGGUUUGGGAUCGGUGUUGUUGACAAUCUGCCAUUUAGGGAGACUUAGGAAGAUCUGAGGGCUUUUUUUUCUCCCCGCCACUUGGGAUGUGGGUAGGAGUCUUUCCGGUUUGUUCAAGUGCCUUAAGGAUCUUUUCUUCCCUUGCGUCAGAUUCCACACAUCUGUUUCUGUCUUUAUAUCUGCCGGGAUCCCUCACAAACAUCGGAAUCAAUGGGGAUACGAGGAGUGAGAUUCCUAAAAGGUUUCUGUCAUGGGAGAAAUGCCAGAUGUUGUGUGUGCGGGGGAAGUAGAUUCACAGCCAUAAAGGAAAGCAGCUCUCCGUACGAGCCAGACGAGGCUUUGAAACAGAUUUUGUUUUAGUUUGUGUGCUCUUACUUGUAGUCUUGGACAUUUACUGAACAUAUUGUUCACAUUAACCCUCAGUCUUUUGAUUGCAGGAGAAAAAGGGGGUGAAUAUUGUUGUAUAUUCUGUAAUUCAUUGUGGGAACAGAGAUAUUUAUGACCGCUCUUUGAUUUUAUUGUCUCAGCAAACCAUUCGAGAGGGAGCCAUCUGCUAUUAUUUUAAACCUCCCCAUUAAGCGAGCUCACACGUGGAACGUUUAGGCGGCGUUAAAGUGUCUUGAGACUCAACAGACGCACGUUUUUUUGGGCCUGUCACGCAGAUUUCAGGCCCGAAAGGUGGAGAGCAAGUGCUCGGUGGUACCACCCGCAGGCCGGAAUCGAGUUUGCAGCUGUGACAUUUUAACUACUUGAGAAAGGUCAAUAUCUACUUUUUGUGCCAUGGGCAUAGCGGUUGCUGUUUCUCGUGCGGGGGUCGGACGCUCUAGAUGCUUUCUUCAAAUCUUCCCAUUACUCGAUGCACUUAAUUUUGCUCGUACUUCCAAAACAAAACAGUACUUAUCCUGGUUUGCAUUUAGGUUUUGGGUGAAUAUCAACUCGAAUGACCUUACCUUAGCACUUGAAGCCAAAAGAAGUACCAUGCAGGAUCUAAAUUAAUAAAAAAAAUAUAUUAUUAUUAUGCGUCGUUGUCUCCCAAUUAGUGGUUUGCAAAAAAAAAAAAAAAAAAAAGUAGUGGCUCAAUGCUAUCUACUGCUCAGCUGUAACUCAUGGUAAUUAUUGCAGGACGUGAGCAGAUGCCCCUGGGUCUGCGAUGUUCAGAGCAGACCAUGCGUGGCGAGGAGUAGGGGAGAAAGAGGGACGGGGAAAUUAAUGCGCUUUCAGAUCCAACACAAGCUAAUCAAAUGUGACAGUCAGUAUCUAACAAGGGUACGUUUGCUUGGCUAGCCUGGUGAAUUAUGCAAACGCCAGUCGUCUGUCCCGUCCUCCAGUCACUCGGGAAAUUCCACGCUAGGUUUCUUUCGGCGUCGUCAAAAAAAAACGUGCCCCCCCCCUUUUAAAAUUGUUGCCAAUGUCCUGAAGUGCUCGACGACGUGAAAACAAUACCAGAGGCCCUGUGGGAAAUGGUCUCAACGGGCCAAAACUCUGUUUUCAUCUAAUUGUAUAUAGCGAAAUAUAGUGUAAUGUUAAUUUAUACAGUAAAUUAUUGUUAUUUUGUAUGUGAAUGGGAUAUAAUCUAUCUUUUGGAUAAGUGAAGUAUCUUUGUAGUUUUAUUUAAUGCGUCCUGGUUGCAAAUAAACACUGUAUGCAUGUUUCUUAA